UCGCAUUCUCCGUAGUCGACUGAUCGGUACUCCAGUAUAAACACAUUAGUUACUACAUUUUUUAUUUAUAGAAAAAAAUAAGAUUCUGAAGCAUUUGACCUCGGAUUUCUUGGCUUCUGUCUCUCCAGAAUCAUCUAUCUCCAGUCGCAGCUUCCAGAAAAAUUCCGUCCGUUAUCAUUUCAGCUCCGUAAUAAUGUAUCACAAAGAGAGAAUAAUUUUGAUUUAUCUGAUGGUGAUGACCCUAUAUUUUUUUACUCAAUUCCUCUUUUUUUUUCUUAUAUAGUUUGUCUUCGUUCAUUGGUGACAAUUUCCAUUAUUUACUUAAGAAUGAGAUUUUCAAUUAUUCUGAUUGUUUGCGUUUCUUGUUUUUACUGGUGCAAGUAUAUUAUGGUGCCUAUCUUAGUGUCUGCAAAAUAAGAAAGGGCAUUUCGUUUCUCAAUUUCUUGGAAAGAAAGAAUGCUGCUUCACGAGGCUACUUUUACUUCCGCGAGCUUGGGGUCCUCAUUUAUUUUCAUUAGUUUCGACAAUUAUUGAGGAUACUCAAAAGAGGAAAUUGUUUGAGGCAUUGACGUAGGUUGAUGCUGUUGAUCAUUUGAUCAUGGGUGCUGUUUGUUGCUGUUUGAGGGAUGAAUGUGAAGAUUUUGCUCAUUCGAACAGCUCUAUCUGUGGGAACUUUAUAUGCAUUCGUUUCUUCGUUGAAAACUUCUUACAUGUGUAUACAUCAUUGUUUCAUAGAGAAGAACAACAGGAAAUAGCUUUGUCCACUCAGGGGACAACAUCUUUGAGUUCUGCAACGUUACCUGAUACUUCUCUAGUGGAUAUGUACCAUGCUCCUCCAAGACCUCUGCCUUAUGAUGCGGAUCCCAGAUAUUUUCACUUGCAGCAGGGUCGAUUGGUCUCUGGACGUGAGAAAGGCUCAGGUCAUUCGCACGAGGAAACUGAACCCCUUAGGAGAAGAGAAGUCAAUGAAGAGUCAGAAUCUUUGAGUGGCACGAACAAACUGAAAGAUUUCACAUGCGAAGAAGGAUCAAAAGAAUGCGAUUUGAAAUCAAAACCAAGACUCUCAAUAACUAAUACAACGGCAGAAUUUGCCCUUAUACACACUUCUUUAGAGGAUGAAGAUGUCUGCCCCACAUGUCUUGAAGAGUAUACUACGGAAAACCCAAAGAUAAUUACAAAAUGUUUUCAUCAUUUCCAUCUUGGCUGUAUAUAUGAGUGGAUGGAAAGAAGUGAUAACUGUCCAGUUUGUGGCAAGGAGAUGGCAUUCGAUGAGACGACGUGAUCUUUCUGAAAAGUUCUAGUCGUGUAUGAAACCAACAUCUAACUGAAAAGGAAAUAAAGAACAGGAAUCAAACAUGAAAAGUUAUACAUCACUCAAGCAUAUUAUUGUCCCAAAUAAUCAGUACAUUAUAAUUUCUUUCUACUACUUGCUGCGUCUGUAUAUUAAUUAUCACACAGAAUUUUGCUCACACUUCUCUUGAUGAAGUGCGAUCUUGUAUAUAUAUACUUUCCAUUCUUUCA